UCCGUGCGCACGCAACUCCCAGCUGUUUUCAACUCUAUUGUCGGGUUACGUUGCAGAAUGUUAAUUUUCCGAGGGACCAUAAAAAGCUUAAAAAUAAUUUAAAUAUGGCCCCAUACAGUACUUGUUGCGGAACUAAAAAAUGUCACAAUUGUUGCGACAUUGUGUUUUGGUGUGGGCUAUCGUAAAUGUGCUAACAAUUGGCUUGUUUAAUAUUGGUCUUGGGUGGUGAUAGAUGGAGGACAACAUCGACAACUGUAUUAAUUCGCGGUCUCGUUCAAAUUCUGCCAGAGUAUUGGUAUUUGAUGAACCGAAAGGUUAUUUAGAACAAAGGCAAAGAUGCAGUACUGCCCCAGGUCAAGAAUCUGCCAGUAUACAGCAGUCAGGUCUGCCAAAUCCGAUUUCAAACUUGGUUAAAAUGCGAAAUACUACCCUUGGUAAAUCCGCUCCCUCACUCUCCACCAACAUGAAAGAUUCUAACAUUGCCAGGCGAAAUAGUCGUCCAACCAUUAACCGCUUGAGUCUCAUUGCCAACACAUCCCCAAUAUUGCCUAGGUCGCAUUCUCCUAUAUGUGGAAGCCCCAUCGAUAGCCCCAGGACCCAUCAGAGUUUUAUAAAUUUCUCGUUUGCCCCAAUAAAAAGUAGAAUUGUGGCAGGCUAUCGUGGCGAUGGCAGAAGAUGGUCGGUUGCGUCUUUACCAUCAUCAGGAUAUGGAACAACUCCAGGCAGUUCGAAUAUGUCGUCGAAAUGUUCUAGUCAGGAAAGGCUCCAUCAGUUACCACAUAUACCGACUUCGGACGAUAUACAAAUGCUAACCCACCAUUUUUCCAGUAAUGAUAGCAAUACUUCCCUACCAGGAAGUAGUUAUGAUGAUAAUGUGGUCCCCCAUAGGUCCCCUUUACAUAGACCUAGGUCAAGAAGUCUUAGUAGCCCCAGUAGAUCGCCAGUAAUAGACAACGAAAUUUGCAUGAUGAAUGUUUUAUACAAGGAGAGAUUUCCAAAGGCCACACAACAAAUGGAAGAAAGACUUGGGAAUUACAUUGAAGAAAACAAAACAUUGGAUUUUGGAGAAGAUUGCGAUUACUUGCCUAUAGUUCGAUUUGUUCAUCACCAAGUAUUGGAGAUGGCAAGGGAUUGCUUGCAUAAGUCUCAGAACAAAUUGAUAACUAGUCGCUAUUUCUACGAAAUGUCGGAAAGUUUGGAGAGAUUGCUUACUGAGACAAAAGACAAAUCUGAAGAAGCAGCAACUAUGGUCACAGGAUUCAUUAAAAAACUGUUGUUGAUAAUAUCCCGUCCGGCUAGACUGUUGGAAUGCUUGGAGUUUGAUCCCGAGGAAUUUUACCAUUUUCUGGAAGCUGCUGAGGGUCAGGUUAAGGGUGUGCAAGGCAUAAAAGCGGAUAUCCCCCAAUACAUUAUUCAGAAAUUAGGUUUGAAUCGGGACCCGAUAGCUGAACUACAACAGGAAUUAAAAAACUGUAAUUGGUCGAACAAUUCAUCUAGAUUAUCUCUCUGCCUAACGUCGACCCCCCCGAACAAGAAGUCGCUCAAUAACCCCAGCGAACAAGAUUUUGAGGUGGUAAAGCUGAUAUCUAAUGGUGCAUAUGGCGCUGUGUACUUGGUCAAACACAAACAGACAAGGCAAAGAUUUGCCAUGAAAAAAAUCAAUAAGAAUAACUUAAUAUUGAGAAAUCAAGUGGAGCAAGUUUUCGCUGAGCGGGAUAUACUAAGUUUCGCUGAUAAUCCAUUCGUUGUUAGCAUGUAUUGCAGUUUUGAGACUAAAAAACAUUUGUGUUUGGUUAUGGAAUAUGUAGAAGGUGGUGACUGCGCAAGCUUGUUGAAGAAUAUUGGCCCUCUGCCCCCAGAUAUGGCUAGAUUUUAUUUUGCUGAAACUGUAUUGGCAGUUGAGUAUCUGCAUUCAUAUGGAAUCGUUCACAGGGAUAUGAAGCCCGACAAUCUUUUAAUCACUGCCCUGGGACAUAUCAAACUCACCGAUUUUGGAUUGAGCAAGAUGGGUCUUAUGUCACUUGCAACUAAUCUCUACGAGGGUUACAUAGAUACUGAAGCGCAUCAGUUUUCCGAUAAACAAGUGUUCGGAACACCCGAAUAUAUUGCUCCAGAAGUGAUUUUAAGGCAAGGUUAUGGGAAGCCGGUGGAUUGGUGGUCCAUGGGUAUAAUACUUUACGAAUUUCUAAUUGGUUGCGUCCCAUUUUUUGGUGAUACACCGGAAGAAUUGUUUGCGCAUACCGUACAAGACGAUAUAGAAUGGCCUGAAAAUGACGAUUGGUCUAUUCAAGAAGAGGCGAAAGAUCUAAUUUCACAGUUAUUGCAGCAUUCUCCUAGAGAUCGGUUGGGUACCGGCGGAGCCCAUGAAGUUAAAGAUCAUAUUUACUUUCAAGGUUUAGACUGGAAUUCUUUGCUUAGGCAAAAAGCAGAAUUUUUGCCACAGCUCGAGCACGACGAAGAUACAAGUUAUUUUGACAGUCGAAUGGACCGUUACAGCCACGAACUGGAGGAUGACACGGAUGACACUGACGAUUCUCCAGUGUUUGGGCUAUUCUCAUCAUGCUCUCCACAAUACAGAAAAACCCAUGGUUCUAAAUUGAGCUUGGGAUCUGAUUCCGCAAGUUUGAAGUUGAAUUUAGCGGCAAUGGAAGGCUCUAAUUCUGAAAGCAGCGAUUCCGCUUCCAAACUUAAGUCUUCAAAUGCCUUAGCUCUUCAAAUUGCGGAGAAAGUUAAUCCAAAACCUCUUGAACCUAGAAAGAUAUCCUUAGACCUUUCUCUGUGUGCAAUAACUACCCCGGAAUCAUCGCAAACCGACAGCGACGAUGUGUCGCCACAAAUCCACAGGCGAAGAAAGGCAGCCCAUGGGCGUGAUAUUCUACCCAAAUUUUCAAUUUCUGUGGAAGAUGAACACAGUAGUUUAGAAACUGGGACAUCUUCUUCAGAAACCAGAGAAUUGUCUCCGUUGGGCAAGACCCAGAUUCAUACUCCCCAUUCGAUGAAACACAAAUCCCGAUCAGUGGUCAAAAGUGCGUCUGCUUCUGGGUUGUCGUUAAUGAUCCCAUCAGAUGAUUUCCAAGCACCACCAUGUAGUAUUCAUUCUCCCAGCGGAGGUGGAGGAUCUAGCACAGCUAGCUCACGGGACACGUCGCCUUGUAGGGAAUUGUCACCGUUGGUUACGAGUCUGAAGCCACCAAUAAUAAUAAGAAGGGGUCCCAAAGGAUUUGGAUUUACUGUUCAUACAAUCAGAGUGUAUUAUGGCGACAGCGAUGUUUAUACUAUGCACCACUUAGUAAUGGCUGUGGACGAAGGCAGUCCAGCUUUCGAAGCAGGUUUAAGACCAGCUGAUUUGAUCACUCACAUUAACGGAGAAGCCGUUCAAGGCUUAUACCACACACAAGUGCUGCAAUUGUUACUUGGUGGUGCAGAACACGUCAGUCUACGCGCCACACCAUUGGAACAAACUUCUAUUAAAACAGGUGGGAGAAAGAGGGAGCCAGGCCAAAGUAAGUUGGCCAAGCGCAGCCUGAACAGACAGAAAAAACAAAAAAGGGACAGUGACAAACGCCGGAAAGCAUCAUUGUUUCGAAAAAUUAGCACCAAAAGAGCCAACGUUGAAAUGCAGCAAAUGGCAGCAGGUAUCCAGUCUCCAGUUAGCGUGACCCCCAGCAGGAGCUUUCAGUCAUUCCCAAGAAGCGACAGUAGUUUCUCGCCUUCUUUGGUUAGAAGUUGUCCUGCAAACAGAUCAAGUUUAUCUCCUUCAGAUUCCCUUAGCAGUUCUUCAGGAACGUCGAACCCAUCAGCAACUCCAUCUCCGACCAACGCUCCAAAUGGACGGAACAAUAAACAGCAUUAUCAAAGACCAUCUACAUUACACGGUCUAAAACAUAAACUUCACUCAACUGGGUGUCCGAAAGCUCUACACGCUUCGGGUCCAUCUUGCCCUACGUCUGUUCCUAACCGAAGAAAAUCUGUCGGUCAUAUUCCUCUCUCACCUCUAGCGAGGACCCCAUCGCCGUCUCCUUUACCAGCUUCACCUACAAGAUCUCCUAGUCCGUUGGCGUUUCCAGUGUGUCAUCAACCGGGUAGUUCAAAUACCACCCAGUCGUACAGCCCAAGCGCUGGUUCUACUCCAAUAGCGGUAGCAUCUCAAUCCAAAAAAGGAUUCGCACGACCGAAAGGUGCUGAACCUGGAUCUCCGCUUUUAAGGAGGGCGUUAUCUCCAGAUCGCCUUCAUCCCCGAAGUGCAGAAAAUAAAUGUUCCAUAUCACCAUUGUGCUCAUCUGGCACAGCGUCGCCGGCAGUUAAAGCCCAAACUCGCACAGGAAAUUCGACAGUAUGGCGGCCAAAUGCUCAACAAGAAAAGGAAACGGAAAUCUUGCCACAACCAUGCGAUCCAGCACAUCCUCCUUCGUCAGCGGAAAAUAGGUUGUCUUUGAAUUUAUCUGGACCGAGUGAACUUUUACCAAGGAUAGCGGAAGAAAAAGAUUCCCCCACAAAUUGCCCAGAAACGAAACAGGAGAAAAUUGCUAAAACGAGUGAUACUAGUGGCAAGAACAAUCCUCAAGCUGAGAAAAUAUUUUUGGAUAGUUCCGAAACGAAAUUGGUUGUUAGCAGCAAAAAGGACUUUGAGGUCAAAGCCAAUAAAGCAGAUAAGGCGACUAAAGAGAGCGACCAAAAAGAGAAAGGUGCUUUUAAAGAGACUGAAAUCAAAGACAAAAAAGAGGUGAAAGGGUCGCUGAAAGAUAAGCAGGAAAAGAAUCAACAGAGCCAAAUGAAGCAGGUCGAAAGGUCACCUCCAAAAAUAGAAGACAAAGAUAGCAAACCUAAUAAAAAGAAAUAGGUUUUUAAAUGUAAAAUGGUUGUGGUAAGAUUUAAUGUUUCUUCUGCACGUCAUUAAGUAGAAGGUGUGUUAAAAUAAGUGUCCAUUUGUCUGUGAAUGUAUUUGUCUAAGAAUGCUAAGAGAACUAAGAAGUAUUUUAAUCGGCUUUUUGUUUCGCUUUCAUCAAAGACUGAAUGUAUUUGUCACUAUAUAUUAUUUGUUGAGGCUUGGCUUCGGUUAGCUUUAGGUCUCGACUCUGUUGAAUUAUUUUUCGCACACUAGGUCAUUAUGGCAUUGAUAAAACUCUUUGUGCAAGAAUCAACAAAUAUGUAAUCCAGUCCAUGUAAAUAAGUACUUCUGUUGCAAGCAUUAUGGUAAGCACUGCUUCACAUGUGCAACAUUGUACUUUUACGACGUUCAAAUCGGGAACUAUAAAUUUAGAAUUUUCCAAAAUAGCUUAGUGUGCAAUGUUUUAAUAAAUUUUAUUCGAUUGUUACGGUUUGGUUGUCAUUGCUCAACAAAAAGUAAAACUACAGUUUUUUCAUUACACUUUUAAAUACUCCACUUAAAAAAAAAAUCAACUUUAUGAGAUGUGAUGUUAGGUGUAAUACUUAUUCUAGUUCGGAAGACAAUUAUGAUUAUGGAGAUAGAUGUUUCGUUUUAUUUUUAUUGUGUCUUAUAAUUACUAAAUCGUUUUAAAGACUGUCUCCAUCGUUUUUGAACUUUCGAGAAUUUAUUUUUAUUUACUUCUGCUGAAUUUUAAGUUUCCGCUUUUUUAAAACUCCAUUUCACGAGUUAUGAGUUAUGUGGAACUUCUGCAUAUACCAAUUAUGCCGCUGUAUUUUGAAAUAGAUAUUUUGCUUUAUUAUACAUAUUUCGAUCUCAACUUUUUAAAAAAUGCUGUAUGUUUGUUUUUCUUCCUUUUUUUAUACAUUAUAAACGGUUCGUUUUUUUUAUUAUUAUAGUACUUAAUAACAAGUUUUGAACUAGUUUCAUUUUGAAUUGUGAAGAAUGUGAUUUUAAUAUUUUUAAUUCGAAAUAUACCAUGUGUUACAAAAAAUAAAUAAAUAUAUAAGAGUAUUUAUUUCUUCUGUCAUGAUUUCUUCAUGUGGAAAAUAAAAACA